UUGUUAGAGCAAAUGUACAGUUGAUCCUAUGGCUUAGAUGUGGGCGAGGAAUAUGAUCUACCUUUACUGUAUAAAAGAAAGAUGCAACUUUUUCGUACAUCAGUUUCAGGAGCGUACAUCCAAGCGUCAAGGACAGCUUACAUCCAAACGCCAUUCUACAGUUUCUCAGCUGUCUGAUUUAUUCUUGUUGACCAAAAGAGGUAAUAUAUUUUUAAGUUUUUGUUACUGUUAAAGAGGAACAAUUACAUGUUUUUGUCAUUCUCUUUUCCUCCUUUACAGAAGUUUUCUUCUUCCAUUCUGUUGAAGUUUUUACUUUGAAAGUUAACUUAAAGGUUGCUUUGGGACUAAAACAUCAGUGGUGGGGGUUAAACUAGCUUGAUCAUGGAUUUCUACGGGAAGUAUGUAGCUGUCACUUUGACCAUUUUAUCUGUAUUGCUGCAUCUUCUUCAUGCUUUCCCAGAUGGAGAGUUUCUCAUGCAGGGUUGUCCAGAGUGCAAGCUAGGAGAGAACAGAUUCUUUUCCAAGCCAGGAGCCCCCAUUUACCAGUGCACUGGGUGCUGUUUCUCCCGUGCCUAUCCUACUCCAAUGAGGUCCAAGAAGACCAUGCUUGUUCCUAAGAACAUUACAUCGGAAGCAACGUGCUGUGUAGCAAAGGCAUUUACUAAGAUCACCCUUAAGGACAACGUGAAGAUAGAGAACCAUACAGAUUGUCACUGCAGUACCUGCUACUAUCAUAAAUCCUAAAGCCAGUCCCUUUGUUAAUGAUCAAGGACAAUGGUGAAUGGAAUAUUUGUUUUUGAGCUUUUAUAGCACCGCUGUGUAAAAUGUUAUGUUUUCUGGUCAAGACACUGGGUAGACUUUUGAGUAAAAUGGAUGGCUGUUUCAUUUCCUCUUUGCUUCUUCAUGCAUUUAAGUAAGUUCAAUUAUUUCCAUUCGGGAUAAAAUACAGCACUUGCAUGACAAC